UUCACAAACUUGCCGACGGACGACAUCCUCGCAAGGUAAGGCACCGACGCCGUCGCUCGCCUUUUUCUUUUCACCAUUUGCGCCGCGUAUGUUGAAGUUAUCCUGCGCACGCUCCAAAUACUUCUUUUAGCGUUCAAAUCAAAACGUAGAAAUGAACAUGAUGAUUGUCGACCCCGCCCGCACGUCCUGUCAAGAUGCGGUCCCCGCUGCUUUAUUUGAGGACCGCCGCGAUCUUGGCACGCGUCGUCACCCCGCCUGUCGCUGCGUUCUCCCGCGGCGCCGGUCCCGCUUCCUGCCAGACGAUGAGUCCGGGUCACAUCCGGGUCCACCCUCGGGACCCGCAGCCGAGCCACGUGACCGUUCGCACGUCGCUGCGAUCCUACCUGCCUGGACAGCUUGUGACAGGUAAGGAUGAGACCAUUCUCUUACAAACCAUUGACGAUGGUCCAAAGUCUUAAACAAGAUCCUUGGCCCUCAGUGACAGUCCGAAGCUCUCGGGACUUCAUGGGCUUCCUGCUGCAGGCCCGCAGCGGGGAAGAUUCCAAAGCGGGCGGCGCCGCCGAGGGUCCCGUUCUGGUGGGCGGCUCCUGGACCCUGGCUCCACCCGGGACCCACAGGCUGCGCUGCCUGUCGGAGGGGGACACGCUCACCCACUCGGACAAACAGCUGAAGCGGAACCUGUCGUUUGUGUGGAGGGCUCCCGAUGCCCCCGUGGGAGACAUCCGCUUCUAUGUCACAGUGGUCCAGUCCUACUUUGUUUACUGGGCGGGAAUCAAGUCUGCGGUGGUGCAUGACGAGAGUCAAAGUCUUUGGACCGGGAGAAACGUAACAGCAGCGGAGAGAGAAAGAGCAGUUUUUGGUCUCCGUGAUUCUAACACGACUGCAGCGCCAGGAAAAAAAAGUUUGACCUCUGAAGAGGUCUGGAGCAGCACUGCAAGUCCGGUGCCGCUCGCAGGGCGCCAACUUACAAGGAAGACGAAUGACUCUGGAAAUCCAAAUUCCAGAAGUCUUUCAAGUGACAACUACCCAGAUUUAGGAUCGGUGGCUGAAGAGUCAAGAAGCGAUCCUGACUCGGUCACCCCGCCCCCACCGCAGGAAAGCGCAAAAACGUUUUCCGCUCCCUCCCCGAGCGUGCUCCGACCUGCGGCGAGAAAAGACCCAGGAACAAGGACGCCCGCGCAAGAUGGCGGCCUCCUCCUCACGAGGCUUCCCGUGCCAACGUCCCAGAAACCCACAGGACCGGCAAAUCUCCCAAGCAGUUCGUUUGCACACAAGAGCCCGAGUUACCUUGCCCAAUCACAGAGGAGGCUUUCGGGACAGUCUCUGUCUUUGCGUCAUUCACGGCCACGCACGUCUUCCGCUGAGACAAUUUCCCGUUGGGUCCCAUUUCGAGAGAAUCCCCAUCCACAGCCUGAAGAGAAGGCAGCGUCCCCGCAAGCUCCCAGCAGCUCUCGCCGGACGCCGCCGCAAACGUUCUUGUCUCCAUCUCGGCAGCAAGUUGGCUCCGGCCCAAGAAAUCUUCCCCCGUCUAACAAAGUAGUCGAGGGGCUGAGUACGAGCCCCCGACCGCGGAUCUCACUUCAAUCUGCACCAAGUCGCAAAGCUUCUCCUGACGUCCCCGAAAACGCAACCACGCGAGCAUCUUUCCCGCGUUCCUCCGGCCGAGAAAAAAGCCCAAAUCCUUCUCCCGAGUCCACACCUCCCCAAUCGAUCCGGUUCAUUCUCUCCUCGCCUUUCCAAAAGGCGACGUCCUCGACAUCAGCUCGGCUCGAUUCUCCCGCUCCCUUUAGCGCUCCUUCCAUUCCAGGAUCAGGGAGUUCUCGGUCAUCUUCCACUACCACCAGUUCUUUUGCAGUCCCCCCCUCCUCCUCCGCGUCAUUCUCUGGCAAUCCUUCAACUUGUCACCCUUCUUCCCCUCAUCCGGAACCUUCUCCGGCUCCACGUCAAUCUGACUACAAACGCCCCUCGGUCCCCCCCCCACCUUUGCCAUCCCCAAGACAGAUCCGCCUCGCGUCACCCGAUCCCAAACCGAAGCGCAAUCCCUCAACCUCCGGCCGCAAACUCCAAUCCGACAUUGGGGAUGCAUUAAGACCAAAGCCGGCAAAGCCCGGGAGCAAGCGUCCCUCGAAUCCCUCAAAAAUCCCAGCCACGGAGCGCAAGUUCCCCGAAAUUGUGUCUCGCCACAGCUCUUGGGAGCUGGGAAUGCUGCUGGGCUGUUCGGCCGGCCUGGGGAUGGCGCUGGUGGUGGGCCUGCGCCACGUGUACCGACAGGCCUGCGGGAAACGCACGGCGGUGACCCUGAACGACCGGGAGGGCGAGUACGGAAGGGGCGAGCGAGGGACGAUCCACGUUCAGGAGUGCGGCGACCUCGUCCGUGUCCGCCGAAUCCGAGAGAACAGCCUCGUGCUUCUCGCCGAGUACGACGUACUAGCGUCGCCUGGAGACUGA